CGGUGCCGGAGGCCACGCGCCAUCUGCUGGCCUCCGUCACCGGCCACAUGGAGGCGGCCAGCGACUCGCUGUUUGGCCAGCUGAACAACGUGCGCACGCCGCGCCAGAGCCCGACGCACAUGUCUCGCUCGCCGUCGCCGCCGCUUUUCGACGACGCAGCGCCGCCGCAAGACACCGACGUGGCCUUCAGCGCGGCGUUCGGCCAAACCGUGGAGGAGCUGAGUGAUCACGAGGAUGCGCGAGCUGCGAGUCCGGCUCAGCCGGCGGAGAUCGAUCUCUGGGAUUCAGCUCCCGUGGCCAAGGCCAAGACCAAUGACCAGAUCCUGAGCCUGUUCAACGCGCCGUCCACACAGCAGCGCCAGGAGGUGGAUCUGCUAAGCAGCUCGUUCCACGACGAAGCGCCGCCACCGCCACCAGAAAACCUUCUGGAUGGACCGUUGCCGCCAACGCCGGUGGUCACCAUUCUGGAAGGUUCUCCGAUCAAGUCCAGCGUUCAGGCUCAGUCUGAGGAUGCGCCACAGCCCGCGGCACCAGCUGCAACGGUCCCGGAUGCCGAAGAAAAACAAGAGGAAGAUGAGGGGGCUGCGCAGCUGGCGCCGCCACCGCCGCCAGCGGCCAAGCCGUCAUCUCCCUCGGAGGAGGUGGCUCUGCGACCGCUGGAGCUGGAGCUGGACACGCCGGUGGUGACGCUGACCGAGUCGACAGUCGAGCCGCCGGAGGAUCCGAGCAAGGCGCACACAGCGGCCGCCUUCAUGGAGGAGUUCUGCUCGCCGGUAGUGCCGGCGUCCCACAUCACGCCGCCGUCUCCGAUGAGUCCAAUCGGACCCUCGCCGCUACCGUCUGUGACCACCACACCCAUCCUGGCGGAGGGCCCGCCUCCUGGCCAGUACCAGCCGUCUGUGCCGGCCGAAGAGGCCGCGCCGCCGCCUCCACCGCCGCCGCCAGCACCGGAGCCGGUGCAGAAGCCACCGCCGCCCUCGCCCAAUCCGUUCCUGGACACGGCGGAGGCUGAGGCCGGGGCAGCGCCGGAGGAUGCGUUUGACGCGUUCGCGGCACGCUUCGAGAAGGCGGCGGACGAGACGGUCGCUGCUGACCCGUUCGAUCCGUUCGCUGGUGCCGCCGGAGCAACGGAGUCGAAAGCGUCAGCGUGGGGUUCUUCCGAGGGUGCAACGGCGGCGGCGUCAGGUCAGAUGGGCUUCGAGGACUCGGCGUUUGACUCGUUCCUAUCGAUGACGGCGCCGCCGCCGGUGCCGCAGUCGACCCCCGCCCGCGCCGCCAGCAAACAACACUCAGAAGACGAGCAGACCGACCUCAACGUUGUCAUACGGCCGCAGCAGGAUUGGGUCUCCCAGUCGCAGGUGCCGACGCUGGCGCCGCCGCCGCGACCGGCUGUCGCCGCCUUCCAGGACAACGCCAGCAUCAACCCAUUCGCCAGCGCUGCCAUGGACCUCAACCUGGAGCUGGCGCAAGCCAAAGUGGAGCGGCCGGGGCCCGGGCCGGAGCCCGAGCCGGAGGCGGGCAGCGGGCCAGCCACGCCGCUCUUCGACGACGACAUCUCGCAGCCGCUGGAGCCGUUCCCGCGCACCGUCUGGGAGACGGCCGAGUUCGACAUGUUCCUGCGUCAGCCUAACAAGAAGAAGAUCACCGGGCAGCGCUUUUGGAAGAAGAUAUUUGUUCGGCUGGCCGACAACGCCGUGCUGCAGCUGUUCCACGACCGCAAGGACGCCGACCCCUUCCAGGAGCUGCCGCUGCAGGCGUGCUACUCGGUCUCAGAUGUCGGUGCUCAGCAGUACGAUCAGUACGGUAAAAUAUUCACCGUAAAGCUGCAAUAUAUCUUCUACAAGGAGCGACCCGGUGUUCGUCCAGGGCAAAUGACGAAGGCUGAGCGCAUCACGAAGAAGAUCGGCCAGUUCGCCAUCUCCGCCUGGGAGGGCGACUACGACCGGGUCAAGGAGUUCGCCAGCGACGUGCGGAAGCUGGGCAUGCCGGUGGAGCACGCGCCUCAGAUCUCCCAGCUGCUCAAGCUGGGCACGCAGCAGUACGAGGAUGUCAAGAGAUUCGCCUCCUACGUCGAGGAAACCUUGUUUCAUGUGAACGUGCACCGUGACCGGGCUCUCAGCUACAAGACUGAGGAGGUGCAGAUCACGGGCGUGGACGAGGUGUACCUGGAGCAGGACGUCACCGGCGCCGUUACCCGACAGCUGGCUCGGGUGCGCCUCUUCUUCCUCGCCUUCCUCUCCGGUAUGCCUGAUGUAGAGCUGGGAAUCAACGACCUUCGGCGUCAGGGGAAAGAGGUGGUGGGACGCCAUGACAUCAUCCCGGUGGCCACCGAGGAGUGGAUCCGCCUCGAGGACGUCGAGUUCCACAACGCCAUCGACCUGCAGGCUUUCAAGGAGUCGCAGAUCCUGAAGUUUAAGCCCCCCGACGGCUGCUACAUUGAGCUGAUGAGGUUUCGGGUUCGGCCGCCCAAGAGUCGAGAGCUGCCCCUGCAGGCCAAGAUCAAGUACACCAUCCUCCAGAACAAGGUGGAGAUCACGGGAGACAUCCUGGUGCCCGGCUACAUCAGCAGGAAGAUGGGCCAGAUACCCUGCGAGGACGUGUCAGUGCGCGUGCCUCUGCCCGAGUGCUGGAUCUACAUGUUCCGCGUCGAGAAACACUUCCGCUACGGCUCCGUGAAGGCCUCUCACCGCCGCCAGGGCAAGGUGAAGGGCAUAGAGCGGUUCCUGGGCGCGGUGGACACCCUGGAGCAGAGCAUGAUGGAGGUGUCGUCGGGCAGCGCCAAAUACGAACAUCACCACCGCGCCAUCGUCUGGAGGAUACCCCGGCUGCCCAAGGAGGGCCAGGGUGCCUACACAAACCACACGUUCUCCUGCAAGCUGAACCUGACGUCGUUCGACCAGAUGCCGGAGACGUUCGACAAGUUCUGCUGGGUGGAGUACACGAUGCCGCACACCACCGCGUCUCACACGGUGUGCCGGUCGGCCUCGAUCAGCGGCGGCAGCGGCGACCCGCCAGAGAAAUACGUCCGCUACCUGGCCAGGUACGAGUACAAGGUGGAGAUGGAGUUCAGCUACUCGAGAGAAGAGCCUGCUGCGUACGUCUCAGCCACGCAGACCUCGACAGCGAAGCCGGCCGCGGAGCCGCCGCCGCCACCUAAACCGCCUUCCAGUGACUCGGACUCGGACUCGGACUAGAUGAGACGC